GCAGCGAAAUGCAAUGUGUUCAUGGAAUAGCUCUAGCAGCGACCACAGCCCUGAGCUGGGCGCUAUGUUAUUCAGUCCUGUGUCUGAGGAAGCAAGUUUUCUGGUGUAGAAGUCAUGUGAACUUAAUUGUGUAAGACCCAGCCUCAUAAAGCAACGGAUAUCUUCCAUUUGUUGAGACUGCCACAGCAACAAUGGAGCUGAGCACCCAGUCACCACACCGCAUUGUACACGGAAUGAAUGGUUCACCUAAAAUGACUGUCCCUUUUUAUGCACCACCACUGCAUUGCAAGAAGACAAGUGCAGAAAUUAUUAAUGAAGCACGUGCAGCUGUACUGAAGAAUACUGGAGAUGUUCUGAACAGUGUUGGUGGCUCAGGAGUGAGUUCUGUGAGACCAAUUGACACCAAAAGGCCAUUUACACCACGGGAGAGGCAACGAACUCUGUAUGGUUCCUCUCCAUUGAACAGUGCUCAGAGACCACCCAGUUCAUUCAGUUUAGGUUAUCUACAAUUCCAAGAAUUGGAACCUGGAAGUAAGAUCCCACCAAAUGCUCGACGUCUGAAUCCCAUAUCACUCAGUGCAGUAGCAACACCUGCAAAUGAGAUAGAAGAUGCAGUACAGCCUCAUAAAGUACCUUCUGGGGAAGGACUGAAGCGCAUCAAAUUACCUUCAAUUAACAUCAGCCGAAGGAAGCAGUUUAGGAAUACUAUAUCACUUGACAAUUUACCUGAGGAGUUAGAAGUAGAAGAUUCCUCUGAAGCAGAGUCAAUCCCUGAGCGGAAAGUACGUAGCAGCCCUGUACAACGUGUAAGACCACCACAGGACCAACAGUCAUCUGACUCCCCCGCUGUUGCAUCACCAUUGCCAAGUAAACGAACUCUGCCAGAUGACACUGUGAAAGUUCAAGCUACUGUGGAUACUUGGCAUGAUGUUGGUAGCAAGAAACCAAAACGUUCUGAUGACGAGAUUACUGACAAGGAACUCCAGACACCUGUCACUCAACAUCUUAGGGGGAAGGAAGAGUUGGAAGAAACAGAAUUUGGAGAUUCAAAAAAAGAAACAGCUGUGUCUGAUGUGAAUAAAAAUAAAACAGUAAAUACCAUUAGUGGCAGUGAUACAAAUAACAGUAGUGGUAUUCCUGUUCCUACAUCUCCUAUCAAAACAGACUCAAUUAGUGUUGCGAAAUGUGAAGUGGAAGAAAAAGUUGUGACUUCAGGAAUCCCUGUUACAAAGCCAGCAACCUGGAAACCACCCAACUACAAAUCUGCUAGACCAUUCAGUGUACAUUCAGGCAAAAAGUCUAAGGCAAUUGAAGAUCCUAUCCUUGAUCCAAUCUACAAGGCCCUUAAGGAGAAUCUGCCUCCUGAACGUAAUGCUGUCAGUGCUGCAGUGGAAACGCUCAUCCUUCUUGCCAAGCAAGAUGACAAUGAUGCUGAAGUAAUAAGUGUUAUGUCAAAGUUGUACAAUACUUUGGAAAAAGGAAAGAACACAGGAUCCAGUGGUCUUAGUGGAAAACUGAAGUCUCAGAUUUUGAAAGCCUUGUACAGGUAUAUUGAAAGGCCCAAUGAGAUGCUGCUACUGCAGAUUGCGAGAGUUAUACUUGCUUUGCGAGUAACAGGUGCCAACUUAUCAGGAGUAUGUAAACUAAUAUUUAAAGUUUCACGCAGUGACAAGAAUGACAAGCUUUUCUUGGAAGACAAUAUCCUUGAGUUAUUUGUCAAUGCACUGGGUUCAGCCAGUCCACUUGAGGAUGCUGAAGCCUGUAUUUAUGGAUAUGGUGCCUUAAAGUUUUUAACAAUGAAUCCAGCACUUCUGUCAAGAGUUCUGAACCUUGGUGCAUUGGAGCUAAUGGUGCUGCAUAUAAAGAUGAUUAAUUCUGCAAAAUCUGAUAGCUCUCGACUACCAGAACAGACAAGCCAUGCCCUGUUCCAGCUAACAGGUGCUCUUCGCAAUGUAGCUGGAGAAGAAACGAUGUUUCCCCAGUUUGUUUCAACAGGUGCCAUUAAUGCUUUGUGCAAGGUCAUGGACCUGUUCUCUUCAGAUUUAGAUGUUAUUAGCAAUGCUUCUCGUACUCUCAGCAUAAUAUCAACACAUGAUGAGUGCUGUGAUGCAGUUAUUGCUUAUGAUGGUUGCUUUGGAUUAUUUGUAAAACUAAUGAAAAAAUACCCUGGUAGACAAGACAUAGUGGUUCGCUUGGGAUAUGCUCUGGGAAACCUGAUGGCUCGAAGUGAUACUGCAAGGACAAAGCUAUAUGUGGAGGAAGGAGCAAUAAGUGCCUUACUGGAGCUGUUGUCACUCUAUCUUGAAAAAGAUCUUUAUAUGGAUAACAGCACAGCCACUGGAACUGUCUCAAGUUCAGAUAUAAGAGGUUCCACAGGUUCUGUACAGGAUGUUAUUGUCAAGGUCAUCAGAAUAUUAGCCAACAUGAGUAUUAAUCCCACUGUCGGCAGUAAAUUUGCAUGUGUUGAUGGAAGCAGUAAUGAAGAUGACACCUACAAGGAUGGUGCCAGAUUCUUGGACAUGUUAUUAUCAGUAUUGGAGCGUAAAUCUGCAGCUUGUGGUGAGGACAGUGAGCUAUUGCACAGUGUUCUAAGCACACUUAAUAACAUUUCUUACUAUCAGACUGCUUCUUUUGGUGCUAAGGAAAGACAUGUUGCUUGUGCUCUUCUGGAAGUUUUGUCUUCUAACAACAGGGAAUGCCUUAUUGAAGCAAUGAGGGUGUAUGGAAACCUGACACGUUCUGAAACAUCCAGAAAUAUUCUCCUGGAAAAUACAGGACUGUUGUGCUUCCUGCAUAACCUGGAUUCAGAUGACCGGGAGCUUCUUUGUGCAACUGUUGGUGUUCUAAUCAACAUGAUGUCAGAUUGGGACAAACGCCUCGCUCUGAGGCAACUUGGUGGUAUUCGCAGAUUGAUAACUAUACUUUCAAAGUAUGGUGAAAGUGACUGGCAGCUGGCAACAUUUGUGUGCCAGGCAUUAUGGAACUUCUGUACAGAAUCAAGUGAUGUGCAUGCUGCACUUGGCCAUGAGGAAACAUCUGACCUGCUUAAAAUCCUUGCUGACUUUCUAGAUGAAGAGCGUCUCUUUGGUGUUGUUGAAGGAACAGAGACUGCAGAAGCAGUGGCUGAAUCACUGAGCUACCAGCAGUGGGAAGAAUUUGCUGGAGUUGCCACAAAUUUGUUGGAAAAAAUAGAGACUUAUCUAGAUUCCUUAGAAAAUUCACUUACCGAUGACAGCAACAGUAGCUCUGAGAGCAUGGCUAUGAAACAGAUGAGUGGCAAAAUGUGGACUGUAUCGAGACUAAAAUCAUUUCAUUUUCGAAAUAUUUGGAAGUUUCAUCCCAUAUAUGUUGUCUGAAAUUAUAUCUGGAUUAUUGAUUUCUUAUAAAACUUCUGUUGACAGAGUGCCAUGGCUUGGUGUUUCCAAAUGAGAUUACACAUAAUCAAAAUCUUAUGUGGUUUAAACAAUGUAUAUUUUUGAGAUGGAAAGUGUAGCAAAUCGUGGCAAAAUGAGUAGAAAAAUGUAAAGCAGCUUUUAUGGUAUCAGGUGUUCGUGAACCUCCGAUCUUGUUUGAAUCUUGAAUUGUUGGUUUAAAAUAAUGAAUGCACAAGUCUUUUGUCAGAAACCAAAUUGUUUAUUCCAUAGCUCAGAAUAUAAUAAUCAAGCAAUUGGUCUGUUCAAUGGUUUCAUUUACAUUAAAAUUGUAACCUACAUAAAGAAAAAACUUGAUUUGCCCAAUUUUUAUACAAUCCAACUGGAAUGAAUUCAUGUCUUUUCUCUGAAUUAAAAUAAUUUUAAAGUUACUUGCGAAUGCACAAUAUUAUUUAAUGAGAUUAGUUGUUUCCAUGUAUUUUCUUGUAGCAAAAAGCAUAUUUUGUUAUUUUUCUUAAGAAAUGUGAAGCAGAGGCACUUACAGAUAAUUUCCAUAAAUCAUAAUUAUCUGUAAGUGACUACUGAUUAAAAAAUUUUGUGCCAUAUUUAUCAAACUGCAUAGAUAAUUUUAUGGAAUCGUUGAAAAUCUUGAAAUAAUUGUGACCACAGUGUUUAUGUAACAAAAUGAGAUGUAAUUUUAGAUGUCAUCUGGGAUUGUUCUAAAUACACAAAUAGAAAAAAGGUUCUUAAAAUUAUGCAAAACUAUAAUUUCAGACCUACAGAAAUAAUACUUUCAAAGAUACUUUUGAGAAAGAGUGGCUUGUAUUUGUAGAACUGCAUAUUGUUGUAAAGUGUUACUGAUUAGUUUUUGCUGUUGACACUUUUACUGAGUGGUGUUGUAGAUAAUGAGACUGAUUGAAAAAUUCACAUCAUAACUUCAAAAAAAUGAUUAGCUCAUGUUAAAGCCCUUAUGACAGUUACAGAAGUUCCGUCCAUGGAGAAUGUAUGUUCUUUGGUAACUGAUGUUAUGAUGGGAAAUUAUUAGGCUCAAUUUGGGACCACAAUCUACAAAAUCUGACAUUUCAACAGCAGUAUUUGCUCAUGGUAUGUGUUGUAUAUUUUGCAUUUUUUAAUUUUUUAAAAGGUGUUCUGUAGGUCUAUAGGCAUUCUGUAUUUACAUCUUCUACAGAAGUUUGAGGUUUUAUUUCCAUUGUACUAUAAAUGCUGUUAUAUUAAGUAAUUAUGCAUCUUUAAAAUGCAAGAAAAUUCAGUGUUGUAUUUACAAUA